UUUAUAAUUAUCGUUUUAAUUUAUCCCUUUAAAUAACAGUACGCAUUUUGAAAAAUAAUAUUUAUAAAAAGUAGGCUAAAUUUACUAAUUAUCGACCUUGCUUGAAAAUUACAUAACAUGGCAGCAAGGAAUAUCUUAAUCGGUGGUGGAACAGGUUUUAUUGGCAAGAAUUUAGGGGAGCUCCUUAUAGCUAAUGGCUACAAUGUCAUGAAUGUGGCUCGAAUGCCUGGUACUAGCAACAUCUCUUGGUCUAAAUUAGAACUAUCUGGAUUGCCAACACGAACCUGUGCUGUGAUAAACCUUGCUGGACAACAGUUCAUGGACUUCACUAAAAGCUGGACACCUGGGUUCAAACAAAAUGUGCAGAAUUCUAGAAUUUAUACAACAAAAGCAUUGGCUAAAGCUAUUAAUCAGAGCAAAGACAAACCAAAAGUUUUUGUUUUGGUGACCGGAGUCGGUGCCUAUGAGCCCUCAGAACGAAAUAAGUAUGAUGAAAGCAGCCCCACCACUGGCAUUGACUUCUUCUCUAGACUCACUGUCGAAUGGGAAAAAGCUGCUUGCGUAGAUCCUCCUGUGAGGCUUGUAAUUAUCAGAUCUGGAGUAGUGCUUGGUCGGUGGGGUGGCAUGAUAAAGAACAUGUUCGUGCCAUUUUACUUAGGUUUUGGAGGACGUAUUGGUUCCGGUAAACAGUAUUUGCCGUGGAUUCACAUUGAUGACCUCACGGGUCUCAUUAAGUUUGCUGUGGAGAAUGACAAUGUCCAAGGGGUGCUUAAUGGAGUAUCCCCCAAAGUUAUUACUAAUGAAGAGUUUACACAAUCAUUUGCAAAAGCUUUACGACGACCAGCCUUCUUGCCUGUUCCUGAAUCAGUACUCAAUUUCUUAUUGAAUUCCGAACGUGCCAUGCUAAUGACCAAAGGCCAAUACGUAAUUCCAAAGAGGGUUCUAGAAUACGGUUUCAAAUACAGAUAUGAAAACAUUGAAGAUGCCUGUCAGGAAUUUGCACACCUUUGCCCUAAAAAGCAUCCUCUCAAAUAAUUUAUUUUUAAUGAAAUGCAUUUAUAAAUAAAAUAUG